AUGUUCACCAGGGAAGCAGCUAAAGUGGCAUCAUCCAAAAAGAGUGGGGCUGGUACGGACGACAUAUAUGUCCCAAGGCUGUCAUGGUUCGAGGUGGCGGACCGAUUUUUGAAGCCAGUUGCCGAAGGAAGGCCCUCAAAAACUAAUAUGAUGGACGCCAGGGAAAGUGAUGCGUCAUUUUUCGAUGAUGAACCAUCGGGUUCACAGACUUCCUCCUCCCAGGCUAAAAGAGCGAAAAGGACCACACAGGCAAAACACCGGUCGCAGGAUGUUGAACCAAUUUUGGAGGCGGUGACAAAAUUGGAAAACAUAUCGCAUACGAAAGAACCGGACGAGUUUGAGGUAUUCGGGAGUCACGUGGCAAACCAGCUGCGAAGUAUGCCUCUGGAAGAAGCGAUUUCUUCGCAGGCUUUUGUAAAUAAUUAUUUGUCCCAACGUCGCCUGAAAAUAUUGAGAGCUGCAGCAGUGGGUAAUUUCCGACCAGAGAGCUCGGAAUCGGGAAAAUAUUCAACAUAUUCGGCACAAAGCUCUGGCGUAACACAGGAUGUCUAUGAAGACGAUUCGUUUAUUGACGACAGUUUCUUCAUACAAGAUACAAUAGAAGUAGAAACGCUUGAGCAACAAGAAGACGAAUACUUCUGAAAGUGUUUUUUUUU